AUGGUUCAUCAUCGCAAGCACAAGACACCGGUGUGUCAGCCUCAGGUUGUCUCCGUCGCGACUGACUCAGCGGUCGAGGAAGUCUUGUUCGAGUGCUGCAUGCCAACCGAGCAUCCUGCUAUACCUCGCAUCACAAAGCCGUUGCCAUUUAGUGACAGCGUCACUGAGAACUUGGCCUGGGCUGUCGCCUUCAUCGACCGCGUUGGUUACUUGACUGAGGACUAUGAGCUCCUUGAGAAGCGCCUCCAUGCUGCCAUCGAUACCAUCGGGAACGAUGCGAUUGAGAUGACACUUCUUCGUCGACAAGUUCACGACCAGUCUGACAAGGUUGAUCAACUCGAGUCCACACUUUCCGGAUAUGUCAAGACCCAACAAGAGUUGGAGCAACGCCUCGCCAGUACCCGAGCGACUGCUAUCAGGACAGAGAGGGACUUGGCAAACAAGCUUCGCAUUACCGAGAGGGGUCUUCAGCAAACCAAAGCGGCUGAAGGACGUCUCAAGAGCAAGCUUGACAAGGCCCUUCUUGAAGAACAUGAGCGAUGGCAACGUGAGGCUGAGCAUGAUAGAGAGGACCAUGCGUCUCUUGAUGCAGCGCAUGAUUCCUUCGAGAAGGCAAUCCAGGAGAAAGCUACUUUGCAGGAGGAGUUGGACGCAAAGAGCCAGCAGCUCACUGCCACGAAGCACGAGUUGAGUGUUGCACAAGAAUCCAUCGUUAGCUGCAAGGCGAAUUGUGGAGAGAAAGACUCACAGAUCAACACUCUCACCCAGCAAUUGGCUACUGCAAACAGAACCAACGCUGAGAUUUCUACAAGUCUUGACAAUAUCAUAGCUCAACUGACCUCCAAGGACCAAGAGGUAGCUGACCUCACCGAGUCUCUCAAUCAGGUCAACAGUAGACUGACGACCGCCAACCAAACCAUUGUCCAGAGAGACAGCACCACCGCCACUCUGGAAGCCAGUCUAGCUGGUGUCCAAGAGGAACGAGACCAGAAGCUCAAACUCCUCGAAGAUCUUCAACAAUCGACUCAAACGACACAGAAGGCUCUCCAGGACAAGAUCGAUGAAUUGAGCGCGCAUGAUCUUGAAGACCACCAGCGAGUUGAUGCAGCCAAUGAGGCUAAACGUCUUUCCGACGAGUCCAUUAGAGAUCUUCAAGCCAAAGUGGAUGCGGCCAAUGCUCAUGACGCUGACGUGCAGAAAAGGCUUCAGGUUGAGGAAGAAGCCAAGCAAGCGGCGGAGGCUGAACUUGAGCGAGUCAAACUUCAGCUUGAAGAGGCUAACAAACCUGAGCUUGCUAAUACAGUGACUCUCUCCAAUCCGAUUCCAAUUGUUGGCAGCCUCGGCGGGGCGGUUGAUGACUUUGACGACAUCUACUACCCAAUCAUCUCCUCGUUCCCUAUCACGAUCUACGAUCACUCGUCCACCAAUGUCUUUGUAUCCAUCAACGGGCUACUCAGUCUUGACUCGGGUGAUCCGACCUACACUCACCAGCCUCUUCCCUCCCAUAGUGGAAGUCUCCCUGCCUAUACUCUGCUCCCCUUCUGGUGCGAUCUUUUCAUCUACAAGGACACACCUCAAGGCAUUUACUACGAGAUCACUGGUCAAGCACCGUCGCGCUCCCUUUGCGUCGAAUGGUACGUCUCUCGGUACGGGGACAAGGACCAGUAUUACCACUUCCUCGUGAUUCUUGAAGAAGCGCGACCUAACAUUGUCACGUACAAGUAUUUCGAGGCUCUGGAUAAGGGUGUCGCGUGUACCAUUGGUGCUCAGGGACCAAAGAGCGCUCAGCAGUGGUCGUACAAUGAGCCGAAGGCGCUGCCCGGUGUGCAGGUGGUUAUUGACACAGGUUCUGGUUCAGUGACUGAGAGUACAUUCCCAGUUACCAAGUGA